UUUUGAGUAUCAUAAUUAUCAUUGAACUCGAGGAUUUGACCGAACCAACAUAUAUUUAGAGCAUUCCUAGUGAGCUCGGCAAAAUUAUUUUUUAGCCAAAUUUUUCCGAGCUCCGGCUAGGACGGCUUCAAAGUCUUUGGGCUUAGGAUUUAUCUAGGGGUUUUUUUUUGUUGGUGUUGAAAAAAUCCCACAAUUCGAUUUGAUCGUGAGGAGGGCCGGAGACGCUCUUGAAUUUAGGGCUUUUGUGGCUCCCAACCGAUUGUCCGGCAAGGGCGACGCGGAAUCCAGUGGCCUCCGCUCUACGAUCUCCAUUUUUCUCAGUAGCGAAGCCUCGAACUCGGCCCAGCGAGGAUGUCGUACCUGCUGCCACACCUUCACUCGGGAUGGGCCGUUGAUCAGGCCAUCCUGGCCGAGGAAGAACGACUCGUCGUCAUCCGCUUCGGCCACGACUGGGACGAGACCUGCAUGCAGAUGGAUGAGGUGCUGGCAUCUGUUGCUGAGACAAUUAAGAACUUUGCUGUUAUUUAUCUUGUGGACAUCACGGAAGUGCCGGAUUUUAACACAAUGUAUGAGCUUUAUGACCCAUCCACAGUCAUGUUCUUCUUCCGGAACAAGCACAUUAUGAUUGAUCUUGGCACUGGAAAUAACAACAAGAUUAACUGGGCUCUCAAAGACAAGCAAGAGUUCGUUGACAUUGUGGAGACAGUGUACCGUGGGGCAAGGAAGGGACGUGGUCUAGUGAUUGCUCCAAAGGACUACUCCACCAAGUACCGCUACUAAGUCUAUGUGCAAGUUGUAAUUUACUUGAGGUUUGUAAGAUUAGAUCUUGAAAACCUGUUGCAUGAUAUUGCACAUUCUCUGGAAGUAGUUGUUGAUUUGAAAACUUGUAAGAUUAGAUCUUGAAAACAUAUUGCUUAAAACUUGAAUUCUCUUAAAAAUCAAUGUUUGGAGAUAUCUGUUUUAUAAAAUGGAGGUCACUACUUCAAAUC